AUGGUGCUUGGUCACUCUCGGCAAGGUGAUGACUGUGGUGCCGGUUGGAUCUCCGGUAAUACGAAAGAUAUCUCGCAUCUGGCUGAUUUUGGUAUCUAUGAUUGGUGUUGGGCUUUGUCCCCGACACACUCCAGUCAAGAGAAUAAGCAAUUGUGUCGUUGGCUUGGACCCAGUUUUAACAUUGGCGGAUCUCUGUGUUUUGCAUGUGCCACUUCUUGUGGAAAAGUUUUACAGCGUUCAAGUGUGAUUCCUCUCUCUAGAGAAGAGCGGGAUAGUACAGAUAUUAAAGACCUGAAAAAGCGUUUUACCAAAGACUUGCACAACUGUUUGAAAAACUCUGACCCCAUCAAGAUUGAUGAUUUACAGGAUCCUUCGGGUGCUUACGAAGCUGAUGAAAAGUAUAUCAGACCUCUGCACACAAACGCUAAUACUCCCCACUUUGAACGAUAUGAAGAUGAUGAAAUGUUGCAGCAUGAAGAGCUUUUUGAGGAAGCCCCAUCUGAAGAAGAUGAUCAGGUGGAAUUGGACAAAUACGUUUGUGUUAAGAUCCGGAAGAAUGAAAAUGGUAUUGACAAAUUUGGAGUUGUUUGUGGAAGAAAGAGAAGAGCAGAUGGCUUGAUGGUUGGUUCGUAUCAUGAGAAGCCUGUCUUGGACACUUCUAUUUAUGAAAUCAAAUGGCAUGACGGUGAAACUGAAUCCUAUCGUGCAAACAAGGUUAUUGAAGCAAUGAUGAUGAAUGUUGAUGAUGACGGUAAUAGUAUCCUCCAUGUGAAAGAAUUUAUUGAUCACAGGAUGGAUGGCACACGAGUCCAUGCUGAUGAUGGUUUUGUCAUGGUAAAGAAUAAGAAAGUUCCUUGA